AUGUUUUUCCUCAAGGAGGAGACUAAGAUCAUCUCUCUGCAUCCGUCCUAUUUCGGACCUAAUAUGCGAGACUACCUGGUCGCCCGACUCAAUGAGGAGGAGGAAGGCCGAUGUACGGGUGAUCAUUUCGUGAUUUGCGUAAUGGACAUGGUCGAUAUCGGCGAGGGACGAGUGAUACCGUCCAGCGGAAAUGCCGAAUACACGAUUAAGUAUCGCGCGAUUAUCUGGAAGCCCUUCCGAGGAGAAACGGUUGACGCCGUUGUUACCUCCGUGAAGCCAACGGGUAUCUUCACUCUGGCGGGUCCUUUGUCCGUGUUUAUCGCUCGAAAGAACAUUCCCGGUGAUAUCAAAUGGGAGCCGAACACCGUGCCCCCGCAGUAUACCGAUCAUGCAGACCAGGUGAUCGAGAAAGGAACCAGUUUGCGCCUGAAGAUUCUUGGUGUCAAACCCGACGUGGCUGCGAUCAACGCCAUUGGCACAAUCAAGGAGGAUUACCUUGGGUGA